AUGUCCAACAGCUCCACCAGCAACGAGCCUUCCAAGACCACCGGCCAGUACCACUCCGUGAAGGGUACCGUCGUCGAGUCGAUCGGCAACUUGACGGGUGCUACGUCUUGGACCGACUCCGGCAAGGAGGAGCACGCGGCGGGAGAGGCCGAGUACAACGCUGCGCAGGCCAAGGGCUACGCGGAGGGUACCAUUGACCGCGUCGGCGGUAAGGUCGACUCUGUAGCUGGCGCCAUCACCGGCGACAAGCAGCAGCAGAUGUCUGGCAACGCCCGUCAUGACAAGGGAGAGGCGAAGCAGGACAUCAACAGCUCAUGA